UUACAAGGCAGUUUUCUAUUGCUUCGUCACAAAUUCUAGGUCACAACCAAGUCAGUAUAGCACUGGAGGGGACCCGCAGCGGACAAGCAAAUUCAGGGGAGGGAAAACCACAUAUUAGCUUGCGUGGAACACAGCGCAAGCGUGGUCGUCCACGUAAGCAUCCAAGACCAAAUCUUGGUCAUGGAAGUGAUGUUCAUGCUUCAAUGAAUCCAAAUCCAAAUCAUGGGGAGAGCUCUCAUGUUCCGCCUGGAUUUGUAGGGGUCAAUGGAGAUCAGCCCCAUCAAGUAGAUUCAGCUAAUGAUGCAACUGAUGUCAUGGUGGGUCAGGUAGUUCAUGGUGUCAUUGAGGCAGCAUUUGAUGCUGGAUAUUUACUCACUGUUAGUGUUGGCAACUCAGAAACCACUUUGAGGGGUGUUGUUUUUAAGUCUGGACGUUAUGUUCCUGUUUCCACUGACAAUGAUGUUGCCCCAGGCGUCCAAAUGAUCAGAAGAAAUGAGAUUCCCAUCCCAAGAGAUAGAAAUGGAAUUGUUCAUACAGCUCGAGCGGCUAAUCCGAUAACCUCCGAAGGCAAACAGGUGCCUUCAAUGGCAAAUCAAACUCCUGUGAUCUCAAGAGGCAAUGUGGUGCCUGUUUUACUCCAACCUGUUGAUUUAUCAAAUGGGAAUGCCAGUGGACCAUCUUCAGCCGCAACCCAACCUACUGAUGCAAUGGCCUUCAAGGGAAAACGGGUGCUAGAUGCUGCUCAUCCAUCAAAUGGAUCAACGCCCACAAACCAAGUGCUGGCAGUUGAAACCCAGUUGCUUCACUUUCAAUCUCAAAAUGACCACCAGUUAAUGUCUUCAAGCAUACAAAAGGAAGCCAGUGUUAAUCAAAAUUUAGCAGCAGCACAGCAAGAUGCUGAAGCCAAAUCAAUGAAAUUGCCUGGUAUGCCCUUUGAGAAACUGUUAACAGAAGUCAUUAAAAUAACUCAAGUCCCUUCACAGUCAACAAAGACUGAUAAUGGUUCAGCUGUUAAUUUGCCUGCUAAAGAUUCUGGCCUUGCUGCAGAGGAUGAUAUCAGUGACACAGAUCAGCCGCUUUCUGUUGAGCCCUUGCAAUCAGUGCAGCCUGCCCUGCAUAAUCACCCUGCAGUCGUGUCAAGACCUUUGGUUAAUUAUAGAACUGCCAAGAUGACUGAGUUAUUGCAGGUUUUGCAGGAAAACAUGACAGAGAACCAGGCAACUCAGGUGCAAGAUGAAACUACAGAUGCCAGACUGAAACUGGAUGAACUGAGAAGCUCAGAAACCUAGCAUUGAGAUGAAGACAGUGAUCAUUCAAAGAAAUGUCCACAAGCAUCAAACGGGGAGGGGCGAUGUUAAGCCUGCUACUUACUACCUAACAUGUUCGAGAAGAAUUUGCGGUAAUUGGACAAUUAUGUAGAAGGCUUGUUAUCUUAGAAUAGGUGAAGGCCAAAGAAAAUCUAUGUUUGAGCCUUUUGAUGCUUUUCAUUCCACAGAUUUAACAAAAAAAAAAAAAAAGCAGCUGCACUGGCUGCUUGUUUAUCAUCUAGUAAUUGUAAGUUAAUGCGACAGUUCGAAGGUUAGCCUGUUAAAUAUUUAGACACGACAACCCCUUUUUUACUGUUCAUGUUAUCCGAGGAUGUGCCUCAGGUUUUGUGAUCCAA